CCAGUUAUAGAUAAUACAGUAUAUCAAAAAAAUGAAAGACUGGAGUCAGGAGAAAGCAUGCAUUUUGAUGCAAAAGGUUUUGAAACUGGUUUGAAAUAUGCAAAAGCGAAUAAUACCGAAUAAUACUGAGAAAAAUAAGCGUCUACAAACAAAAAAAUAACAUUUAUAAAGAAGUGAUCACGUGUACAGAUUUUUUUUUGAAAACGCCAGCCUAUUGUUCUUCGCCUCCAAAUUUGAGCGCGUGGCUUGUGUGGGGCGUUCCCGUGACGCGGUCAGCGUGGAUAAAUAGCGCGCGCGCCGAACCCUGCUCAGACACAAACCGCGUCUUCGCAAGAGAAACACUGAAAACCUCAUCCUCUGCAAGAAUCGAGAAUGACUCCGACUGUGUGUUUCCCGUCUGGAGGUGGUGGCAGCACGGUGGCCAUGAGGAGAGAGGCCUCGGAGAUGCGUAAAACUUUAAAACCGCUAAUGGAGAAGCGCAGAAGAGCGCGCAUCAACGACUGCCUGAACCAGCUGAAAAACCUCAUCCUUCCUCUAAUGGGAAAAGAUAACUGUCGCUCCUCGAAGCUGGAGAAAGCAGACAUCCUGGAAAUGACGGUGAAAUUCCUCGCCGAGCCUCUCAAAACUCCCACACGUGAUGCUGCAGUGAAUUACACAGAGGGCUACGACGCGUGCCUGCAGCGGGUCUCCGCUCUGCUGCCGCGCACGAGCCUCGACCGCGAGGGCCGCGCGCGCGUGCACGCCUUCGUCCAGCAGCAGCAGCAGCAGCGGCAGCGGCGCUCGAGCUCACCGCCGUCGUGCCGCGCGUGCAGCGCUCGCGCACUCAGCGCGAACGAGCCAGUCCCGCAUGAGCGGGUGCUGCGCGCGCUCGAGGUCAGUCGGGGAGCAAAGCGCGCGGGCGUCACUCCGGAGAAAGUGCAGGACGCGGCCCAGGUCGCGGCUCAGCACGUGUGGAGGCCGUGGUGAUGCGGGCGGAGGAGGAAAAAGCGACACACCUGUAAUAUAAUGUAUAUGAAUAUAAAACAACGUGGAAGAUGAUGAUGAUGAUGAUGAUGUAAAUAUUUGCAGCUGUAACGCACUGACUUGAGCCACUGGUUCAAGUCGAUUUCUUUAAACUGAGUAUUAUAUACUUCUUGUUUCUCUUUGUCAAAAUUCGCUCGUUUUUGUGUUUAUCGGUUCGUUUUCUUCGAGAUCCUGCGCGUGAGUAAGGCGGUUGUUCGGGCUGGGGGUCGCUGGGUGAAGGGGGUGAAGGGGGUUUGUAGAAAACGCCUAUGUAAAACCCUACGGGUUGUUCAGUAUGAGACAUUUUGUUCUUUCACUUCAGUAUUCUGAGUUUUUGCGGAUUAUUUCAUCUGUAAGCAUCUUAUGCUGUUAAUCACAAGUCUCGUUUUAGAGACGUGCUAUUUAUUUAUUUGUUUGUUUCUUGUUUAUUUGUAAACACGUUUGAUGUGUUUUAUUCAGUCUCGUUUUUGAGACGUGUUCAUUCUUUUUUUUUUAUUAAUUGUAAACACGUUUGAUGUGUUGUACAGUCUCCGUUUUGGAGACGCGCUUUUUACUUGUUUUUGUUUACUUGUAAACACGUUCGACGUGUUAUACAGUCUCCUCUUUUAGAGACGUGCUUUAUUUGUUUAUUUAUGUAUUUGUAAACACGUUUGAUGUGUUGUACAGUCUCCUUCUUAGAGACGUGCGUUUUAUAUAUUUGUUUAUUUUUUUAUUUGUAAACACGUUUGAUGUGUUAUACAGUCUCCUUCUUAGAGACGUGCGUUUGAUAUAUUUUUGUUUAUUUGUAAACACGUAGUG